AUGAAAAUAGCAGUACUCGGAGCCACAGGUGGGACAGGCACUCAAAUUGUGAAGCAAGCACUUGCAGCCAAGCAUGACGUGAUUGCAAUUGUGCGUAACCCUGACAAACUUAAAGAAAUCCAAAGCAGUCGUCUGACGAUUGUCAAUGGAGACAUUUUCUCUGAAGUUAGUUUGACUUCCCAUUUCAAGGACGUGAAUGCCAUCAUUUCCUGUUUAGGCUUUGAGCGCAGCUCGGUAGUAACUGGCUAUACGGAAUCCAUCAAACCAAUCGUCGCAGCAGCCAGAGCAGCUAACGUCCCUCGACUAAUAGUGAUGACGGCCUACUACACUGAAAUUUCUUCUAUUGAAAGCCAAGGGUUCCUUCUCAGGCUUGUUCUCGGGUGGCUCUUGAUACCGUUGCUUCGACCCAAAUUAAUUAAUAUGAGAGAAAUGGAGAAAUAUCUCGAGACUGAAUGCAGCGACAUCAAUUACACCGUGGUACGGCCUCCUGGACUAACGAACGGAAAAGCAUCAGGACAAGAAAUCAAGUCUGAAAACGAUUCUUAUUUCGUGAAAAACAGCCCUUCGAGAAUGCCUCGCGCUGAUGUAGCCAAGUUCAUGAUCGACUGCCUUUCAAAGUCGGAAUCAUUCAAAAAAUGCGUCGCUGUUGGACUUUAAUAACUAGCAGUCUGCUGUGACCUCUUCUCCCCCAAUCAAUAACGUGAAACUUUUUUUUGUUUUUAGUGAAAGAAUAAAGAGAGAGAGAGAGAUAGAAAA